GGGAGAACAUGGCGCCGGGGUUCGGACCAAACUAGAGGAACAGGCGAAGGUCAAGAUCGGCUGGGACCAUGCCUACUUCAACGAGUACGUCAGCGACAUGAUCUCGGUGGAGCGGUCGGUACCCGAUGUCAGGCACAACUUGUGUAAAACGAAGGAGUAUUCCGACGACCUCCCACGGACCAGCGUCAUCAUCUGCUUCACAGAGGAGUCGUGGUCGACCCUCUUAAGAACUGUCCACAGCGUGCUCAACCGAUCUCCACCCGAGCUUAUCGCCGAAGUCCUCCUGGUCGACGACUUCAGCCAAAGAGACUACCUGAAGGAACCCCUUGAUGAGUACAUGAAGAAGCUUCCUAAGGUGAAGGUGGUCCGACUACCCAAGCGGGAAGGGCUCAUCCGAGCACGACUGAUCGGGGCCGAGAUGGCUCAGGGGCCCGUACUCACUUUCCUCGAUUCGCACGUUGAGUGCAACGUCGGGUGGCUCGAGCCACUGCUGCAGCGGAUCCACGACGACCCGACCAACGUCGUCUGCCCAGCCAUCGAUGCCAUCGACGCGACAUCGUUCGAGUACGCCGGGUCCGGAGCUACAAUCAUCGGUGCCUUUAACUGGGAAAUGAAGUUUACAUGGAAUGGAAUCCCGGAGUACGAGGCGAGGCGGAGAGAUGAUGAAUCGUGGCCAAUCAGAUCGCCAGCGAUGGCCGGAGGACUGUUCUCAAUUGACAAGGAUUUCUUCUACCGUAUUGGCACCUACGACCCCGGCUUCGAUAUCUGGGGUGCUGAAAACCUGGAACUCUCCUUUAAGAUCUGGAUGUGUGGGGGCUCACUAGAAAUCAUCCCCUGUUCUCGAGUGGCGCAUAUAUUCAGGAAACAACAGCCCUAUAAAUUCCCAGAUGGAAAUGUAAAAACCUUCAUGCGGAACACCAUGCGUCUGGUGGCCGUGUGGGUGGAUGAGCCGUACAGGGAUAUCUUCUACUCCCUCAAGCCCCAGCUGAUGGGGCAGGAGUACGGUGAUGUGUCCGAUAGGAUCAAGCUACGUGAAGAGCUGAAGUGUCAUGACUUCCAGUGGUACCUAGACAACGUCUACCCCGCCCUCAAGGUCCCAGAUACAAAAGUCAGAGCAAGGGGAGAUGUCAGGAAUGCUGCCACCUCGAUGUGCCUUGAUUCGAUGGGAAAGGGUGUUCUGGGAAUGUUCCCAUGCCAUGGAGAGGGAAAUAACCAGGCAUUCACUUUGACUUGGGAUGAUCAGUUAAAGCAUAAGAACACAUGUUUGCCGAAGAUUAAGACCCCUGGUCAGCUCAGGAUGCUGGGAUGCAAUAUGGCCAGUACUGCUCGUAUUACACACAUAAAGGGUGAAACGAUACGUGAUGCAUCCUCUGGCAAGUGUCUUGAUCUGAACGCAGACCGAACCAUGGCCAUCUUUAAUCACUGUAAUGGUUCUAAGGCACAGCGGUGGAGGUUCUCACGGUACUUCGACAGGAAAGGCCGUGUCAUUCCUUAAGGGCAAUCCAAUCUUUUAUGAAAGCAUAUAAAUGAGAGUAAUUGAUUGAAAAAAAGAUUUAUAUUAAUUAUUGGAUCAUUAGCAAAAGACUUAUGAAAGUUUGAAAUAUAAAAUCACUACAUCUGUGUGAAUCUCAACUCAGCAAUUUGCUCAUUGUAUUGUGGCAUAGUCCCGGGCAACUCCCAAAUUUCGAAAAAAUAUCAUUAAUUUUUGUUUUCCUCCUACCUAAGUGCCUACUCCAUUGGAGAACUACUUAAACUGAAUUAUGGAUAGCAUAUUGUUAUAGUUCCUCUAAAACGAAAAAGACCUUCUCGAGUCAUCAAUUUCGAUAUGUUAGUCAUUUUGUGUGUUAAACAAAUGGGAAAGUUGCUCAGCAUCAAGUCAUGGUGACAUUACCGAUUCAGCUAAUUUGCUGUUGGCAUACGUAAAGUUAUUAUAAUUCUUUUUGUGUUUUUUUGUUCGAUUUCUUUCUAACUUCACCAGUCUACUUCUCUGAUUUUUCUGCUUUCUCUUAAAGUAGUUAGCUGUUGAGGUUGACCUUUCCACCCUCAUACGGCUCAGUGGCGUAGCUACGGGGGAGGGGGGCGGGGGCGGAGAAAAGGGCAUAUAUUCCUCAAUCACAUGGCAAAAUAGAAAGGAGAAAGGAUGGACAAAGAAAGGAUGUAAAAAGACUCCUACGACAAUUGCUCAGCUCUUUUUCCAGGUUCAAGUUCAUUUCUUUACUAUUUAAAAAAAAAGGGCAAAACACAAUAAAGUGUACAUUUUUGGAAACAAUGAUGUUUUACAUAGAUGCACAUUACUAUAUAGAUAAUCGACGGGUGAAGCCCUGGUCACUCAAGUCAGCAGGAAAUGCGAAAAAUACAAUGACAAUAAGUUUAAAAUAGCAUUUAUAUCACUAAGUACUUCUUUUACGUUCAUUCAUAGAUGUUUCUAAC